AUCAUUAUUUUAUUUGUUUAUUUUCACAUAUCACUGAAGGCUGCGCAAAGAAAAACAACUGAAUGUAAAAUUUAUGAUAUAUGUUAUUUAAGAUAUAUAUUUAUGAAUUAUCCAUGAAACACGUCUGAAAAUGCCAUGUUUAAUAUAUUUAAUAAGACACGUUUAAUAGUCAAAAACUCUUGUCUAAAAACAGAUUUCUGAGUUUGAUUUUGUAACAUUUUUGGCAAAUGGCGUCAUUACCCAUAAAUGUAUUCUUAAAUCAAGGAGUAGUAGCAGGUAAUCCUUCACACCUGAAAUUAACAUCCUGCUUUUCAGUUGGGAGAACUUUAUUUUAAAAAGGCCUGGUAUUAAAAAUUAAAGGUAAGCAAUUAUGUGUAAUUACUGAAUAGAAACUGGGCAACACAUUUCUAUAAUUUCACAAAAAUAAAUAAAUAAACAACCAAAUACAUGUAUAAAUAAAGAAGACAUAAUUAAAUACAUCUUAUUAUAUAAUUUUAUGUCGGUGUUAAUGACUUUGGGAUCCCUGCAACAGUAACAUAUUUUACAAACUUGCUGCUAAAGGUUUUGGAUUUGUAUAUAAUUGUUUCAAACGUUUUAAAUGUUGUAAAUGAAUAACAUGCUGUAGCCUUCUUGAAGCAAUAGAGCUAAAAAGAUGACAAACAUUAGCUAAAACCAAGCGACAUGUCCCCACAGAUUUUUUUCUCUAUACAUUCUGUGGGAAUUAAUACAAAAUACUAGCAAAAAUUAAUAGAAUAAAUAUAGCAUUCCAAAAAUGGGGAUAUCACCAUUGUCAGGUGUAAAUCCAGUAUUUCCAUUUGAGAGACAAGAAAACUAGUCCGCAAUGCAAUCUUAUCCUUUCCUGUUUUCUGCUCAAGAUUCUCUUCACCCAGAACCGGUUAAAACGACGUGGAGGAUAAAAUCCGUUAGGCAGCGGAAUCUGGACAGACAAGCUUUUGAAAACUUCACUCUACAUUAAGUGUGGAGCGCUUUUGUAUGUUUUGUUUGUAUGUGCACUCAGUACUUGAUUUAUCUGUGAAGUCUUUGGUGCCUGUGUCUUGCAGUUGAAAAGCUGACUGCGGGUCCACGGUCUGCCAAUCUGCUUCGAGGCUCAGUGCACAGUUCUCGGCAGUGGUACACUGGCUCCAGGCACCCGAGGACAGGACUGAAGGUGAAACAUUGUGAUAUGACCUGUUGGUGGUAACUGUGGCCUUGGGGUGGUGUGCAGGACGUGGGCGAUGGCGGCCUCUGUGGAUCUGUUGGGUCGGUAGGCGAACUGGAGCAGAUCUGUGGUGUCUGGGAUGGAGGAGGAGAUGAUGUUCUUCAGCAGCCUCUCGAACACCUUCAUUACUACCGAGCUGUGACCAUCCUGACUUCUGCACAACACAACUGAUGGCCCCAACUCCAUUAAGAAGGCAAGGAAUCCAACAAAUGAACCCUGACAAGGCACACCUGUGAAGUGAAACCAUUUCAGGCUGUCCAAAGGAGAUCCAUCAGCUUUUCUGCCAAUACUGAGUUUCACCCUCACCUCCUUCUCUCCACCUUUUGCUGAGCAACUGAUGGCAGCUGGUUUAGAGCUGACGGGUAAAACUGACCUCCGCUUUACAGAGACUGUUUAUAAGGUGUUACGAGAUAUCUUCCAGUAUAAGCCCAUGCUGACCAAGCAGCAGUUCCUCCAGUGGGGGUUCUCUCAAAGGAAAAUCUCUGUCGUCUGUGACAUUAUUAAUUUGGUCCUGCAGAAACACAGCCAGCUGAAGAAGGUAUCCAAGAAGUCAUUUGUCAUACAUCACAUGGAAAAUCCUAUGACAUCUCCCACAAACUCCUCCCAUCCUGAACCAUUCUCCUUGUAUAAUGGAACAUGUGCCUCUGGUGACGUAUACUCCCCUGAUUCUUCCAGCAGUGACACUGCAGAGCUGCCAGGAAAAGAGGAUAAGGAUAACAGCCUUCAUAAUGUGGGAGAAGUCGUCACCAUAUCCAGAGAAAGCUGGGAAAACCUGCUAAGCAGAGUCCUGUUGUUGGAAGCAAAAUUUGACCAGAGAAAUACACAGGUGCACAAUACACAACCAUGCCAGUCAUCUACCUCAUCACAUUCUUCCAGUUACACAAGUGAUCCUUCAAAGGAAGACUGUAAACAGGCUACUCACGGGAUACAAAGUGUUGCCAACUUUGGCAAAACCAAGAAAAGAGAGGACUACCUUGAAUGGCCAGAGUACUUCAUGGCUGUGGCUUUUCUGUCAGCACAAAGAAGCAAAGACCCGAGCUCCCAGGUGGGAGCAUGUAUAGUGAACCAGGAGAAUAAGAUAGUGGGCAUCGGUUACAAUGGUAUGCCUAAUGGCUGUAAUGAUGACCUGCUGCCAUGGUCUCGCUCUGCUGAUGACCAGCUUGACACUAAAUACCCUUAUGUGUGCCACGCAGAGCUGAAUGCUAUUAUGAAUAAGAACAGUGCUGAUGUGAAGGACUGCACCAUGUAUGUGGCUUUGUUCCCCUGUAAUGAGUGUGCCAAGCUCAUUAUUCAGGCAGGUCUGAAGGAAGUGGUGUAUCUUUCUGAUAAGUACCAUGACACACCUGAAAUGACUGCUUCCAGAAGGCUGCUCAGUAUGGCAAAGAUCAAGUACAGGCAGUUCAAGCCCAAGAGGACUGAGAUUGUCAUUGAUUUUAAUUCCAUUAACUAUUCUGGAAUGCUGAACUGCGCAACCAAGUGAAAAUGCAAAUGACUCACCUUGGGGAGCUGUUGAAUGAGGCAGUGAGUCAGACGAAGAAUGACGAGAUUAAAAGGGACUUUGAUGCCUCUUUUUAUGUAUGUCUUCUCGCCUCCUGCUUUGUCCAAAGGAAAUCUCAAGGAUAACCUGACUUUGGCAUCUUAGAUAUUUUGAUUUGCUGCUUUAACGUUUUUCUUUUAAAGCUCCCUCUGGGUCAAGGAAUUCAUAAGGCUUAUGAACAAACUGUAGUGUUUUAUGGUUAAGUCUCUUGUGUUUGGUGUUCUUAUGGCGAGGUGUCUGGAGAGUAAUUCAGAAAUCUGUUUCUGUCAAGCUUCCAGGCUCGUUCUCCUAUAUGAAGAUCACUUAACCUUUGUUCACAUUCGCAGCUGAAUCUGUUUUUUGAGACUGGGAGAUGCUGUCAUUACUGCUGGCACUCCGUGUUUCAACAUUCAGUAUUUUAUGACUACUUUCAUCCUCUCGACUGAUGCCACCUCUACAAUACUGGGCUUUAAUAUUGUUAAUACGAAUUAGCUGUAUGCAGCUGAGCCUCAUCACUCAUUAUAGCCAAAUGGUAGUUUUAAUUAAGCAAACAAGCUGUGAAAGGCUGAUUUAUGUAUUUUUGUCACAGCCAAGUUUGUGAAUAUGAUUACUGGAGAUCCAGGUGACGUAGGUGCAGCGCCUAAAGAUCUUGGAUGAGGUCGAAUCCUGGUGACCUCAACAUCUGACCUCAAAGUCGGUGUCAGAGGUCAAGUUUUAAGUCUUGGUGAUAAGUCAGGACGAUUUUCCCGUGUAUUUAGUGUAGCUGCAUCUACUAGCAGGAUGAGGUGUGACACUGGAAGCUGCCAAUAUUAUUUACCAAAAGUAAUGUCUGUAAAUUUUACCCCAUCUCUGACUUUUUACUAAGUGUUCUACUCUUUAAUGCCUCCUCUGUAAUGAAGAAUGUCUUUACUACAGCCGGAGUAAAGUGUCAGAAACAAGAGAGCACACAGUUUUUAUUUUGGACCUUUGUAACAGAAUGUUUGAUUGUACCACAGUAAAUCUUUCAUUCAUUAAACACGCGUGAAAAUGAA